GUUUGUAAUUUUAAAACAGUAACCCUUCGAAUACAUGUAAAGAAAAAAUUCAGAAAUUCGCCCAGGCCAAUCUGUUCUUGAUCUGAACCCAAAUCAAAAGCCUCUGCCAUGGCCAAACGCGACAUUUUGCCUGUCUUUCCGUCGCGGGCCAAUUCGGUGAUCAUGAAGCAGCGCGUUUUGGCGGCUAGGAGGGGCGUGGGUCUGCUGAAGCGGAAGCGGGACGCCAUCGACAUGAAGAUGCGGGAGUUGAGGCGCUUGCGUUUCGACCAGGACGAGAAGGGGGACGAGAAGAUGCGCCAAGCGAUCUUCUCGAUGGCUAAGGCCAAUCUCCUGGGCGCCGAUUUUAAGCCCCAAAUGGUGAGCCACAGCCACGUGGCGACCGCCUUUCUGCGUCGCACUCAAAUCAAAAUCGUGGGCGUCAAGCUCGACUGCCUGGAGCUGGAGACGAGGGGGGGAGGAGCCUUUCCACUGGCGGGUCUCAGUUGUGGUGGAAUGCAGGUCCAACGGAUCAGGGACUGCUAUACGAAGGCACUCCGAGAACUGGUGGAAUACGCCUCCCUCGAAUAUCAAGUGCGAAUGCUGGAGGCAGCCUCCCUGCAGACCAACAUGAGGGUCAAUGCCCUGGAGCAUGUGGUUAUACCCAUCCUGAUAAAUACGUAUAAUUAUAUAUGCGGGGAACUUGAGGAGUUCGAGCGAGAGGACUUCUAUCGCCUGAAACGCUCCCAGGCCAAGCAGUUGGAGGCCAAAAUGGCAUUCAGCGAGCUGAUCAAGACCAAGAACAUGACCGACGAACAGCUGGAGACCUAUAUAAAGAAGGGCGUAAGUCAGGCCCGUCCGGUGGUCGAUUAUCAGAUCGACUUGGAAGAAUUCGAGGAGCGGGAGGUGAAGAGGCGGGUGCGGGAGGCCCGCUUGACCUUGCAGAUGCGCCGAGACUUGGAGAAACAGGAGGCAACCGAGCGGGGAGGGUCCCGCCAGCCGACCACCUAUAUCACCACCCGCAGUGCCAUGAGUAUAGUGGGUCGCCAGCGUGAUCCUCGUGCCAGCAUGGGCGAUAUGUACAGCAUCAAGCGCCAGCUUCUGUCCAGCACUUCAGGACCCUCGGAAAGAAAGUCCAUGGUCGCCGUGCGAGAAAGUCAAGAUACAAGGUCGUUGGAUAAGACGUCAAGACUCAGUGACGAAGAGCCUGUCGAAAAGUAACAAAAUUGGGGAACUAUGAUGAUCAUGUUUUAAAUUUCAGUUUUGCUAGCACAACCUAACUUUUAUUAAAUUUAACUAAACUUAAA